AUUAAGAUCAUUUUUGGCCUCUUUAUUCUCCCCCACCUUUGCCUUAGUCGCCUUCCCCUUUCUUCAGAUUCUCUCUCUCUCACCUUCUUGACUCAUCAUCUCUCCCUUCUUCCCCUCUUUAAAAGCCUCUCACUUCGAUCGGAUCCCAACCACGCCAACCGCUAGAUUCAACCACGAGCAAGUCAUCCAUGACGCUUGGCUCAGGAGGAUCCAGUGUCGUGGUCCCUCGGAACUUCAGAUUGUUGGAGGAACUUGAACGUGGAGAAAAAGGGAUCGGAGAUGGCACUGUCAGCUAUGGAAUGGAUGAUGGAGACGACAUCUACAUGCGCUCUUGGACUGGAACCAUUAUUGGUCCUCACAAUACGGUGCAUGAAGGUCGAAUUUAUCAGUUGAAGCUCUUUUGUGAUAAAGAUUACCCAGAGAAGCCCCCAAGUGUGCGCUUUCAUUCACGGAUCAAUAUGACUUGCGUUAACCAUGAAACUGGAGUGGUGGAACCAAAGAAGUUUGGACUUCUUGCAAAUUGGCAGAGAGAGUACACCAUGGAGGAUAUACUGACUCAGCUGAAGAAGGAGAUGGCAGCCCCACAUAACAGAAAGCUGGUCCAGCCCCCAGAAGGCACCUACUUCUAGCUUGCAAAAUCGUAUAGAUAUCAUGGGUCAUAUUGCCUGUGCAAUAUAUAGUGUGUAAUGCUGUGUUGCUCCUGUUGAAGUGAAGAAAAUGCCCUAGAAAAGCUCUUGCUAUACUACUCUCCAGGGCUUCAACUUUGUUUUGUCAUCCUAUGUUCUUUUAACUGUGUUGAAAGAUGCUGUUUAAUUAAUGGGAUUCAUGUGUGUCAAAUAUUUAAAAUACCCUUAACUAGUAUCCCAGUUCUACAUUAA